AUGACAUUUCAGUCGAGGAUUAAAAUUGCUAUUAUUGGCGCCGGACCGGUAGAUCAUAAAUCAAUAUUAUUAUAUUAUAUUCACACAUUGUAAAUCAAUACGGGUUUUUAAUUAGGUUGGAUCUUUGUGCGCCUGUUUUAUGGCAGAAUAUGGUUAUGACGUUACAGUUUACGAAAGUCGAACAGGUAUAAAUUAUUUUGUAUCUAUAUAAUAAUGUUAAAAAGAUAAUUUAAUACAAUUUGAACAAAUAAACGUCCUCUCCCUGUAAGAACAUAUAUAUUUUUAAAAUAUAGAUAUAUAUACAUAUAUUUUAAUUGAAACGUUCUAAAAUUAAUGUUUCGAUUAAAAAAAUAAAAAUUUUCUAAUUCAUCUAAAAUAUUUUAAAAAAAAUAUGUUUCUCACAAUAAUAAACAAUAUUUUACAAACAAAUUUCAAAUAAUAGGUACUUAUUAUUUUUAAACUAAAACAUUUAAAAAUAUUUUCGUACAAUAUUAUUUAAACCAUAUUACUAAAACGUUUUAUUAACAAUAUUAAUGGUCCCGUUCGGUAUUGUCCGAAAUUGUCUUGUAAUACAUUCAUAAUAUAUCCUAUCUCAAAAAUAUUUUGGUUUUUAAAGAGAGGUACCUUAUCCCUGCACAAAACUUUAACCAAUAACCAUCAAAUGUAGAGGGACAUGACAUACCCUCUCAUUAUCUGUAUCCGUACCUAUGGCGUAUACAUUUCCAUAUUGUACAUACUCCAUCAAUGUGAUCAGUUGCAACCAAAAAAAUUAUUUCUUUUUUUUUCUUUUUUAGGGGAGGUUCUAAAUUUGUGUAGCAACUAAUUUUAUGACCUUUCCUGGUUGUAAUAUAUUCUACUGUUUUUGUAUUUUUUAAAAAUGGGGGGGAGGAAAACCUCAGUUCAGUCCACGCAUAUGGCCUUGGCCGUCUAAAUAUAUAUAUUUUUUUUUGUAAUAUAUUAAUAUACUAUUUUAAAAAAUUCUUAUUCAAAGGUUUAAUAUCGUAUUUCAAACACUAAUGAAACAUUUUUGUAAUUAAAAAGUGACCAUUAACAUAAUUUCAAAAUGUUUUUAAAAUGUUAUUUUAAGUGAUCACUGUACAGGAAUAUAAAAAUAUUAAUAUACUCCUAUAUUUUGAUAAUAUUAUACACGAUUUACCUACCUGAAAAGUCUGGAAACCUUUGUUUCGUUUAGUGGACAUCAUGACAUGAUAUGUCAACGUGUAACAAUGAAAUUAAGGAUAGCAAUCAUAGGUUCACUGGACAGUUACCAAAAAUGAAUCAUUGUAUUAAACAGUGUUUACUGACUACUGAAAAUCUAUAGGAUGGGUAGGUACCCUAUAGAUAAUAGAUAAUGCCUAUAUUAUGCUUUAUCAUUAAUUUUAAAUACACUGAUAAAAAAAAUAGCAUAUUAUGCUCAUUUAGUUAUUUAUAUAAUUUUGUCACUAAAAAUUAUUAUACUAAAAAUAAUUUAAUUUAUGUAAUACAUGUAUAUAUAAAUAUUACACCAAAUUAAUUUGGAUACACACAAUACCCUUAAUAUGUAUAGGCACUAGCUGUAUUACAAGCACUACAUUAUACACAUAUUUCUAGGGUUCGGUAAUUUUGUUAGUUAAAAAAAAUAAAACGAUCACUAUAAUCUCACAAUGCCAAUUGGACUUAAGCCAUUGUGAAUAACUUUCUUGACUUUAGUUUUCAUCAUAUAAAUAUUAAAAAUUUUAAAUUUUAACAAAAUGAAACUACGAUAUAAGAUUAAAAUAUUGUUAAUUUUGGAACAUUUAAUAUUUUUGUUUUAAAUAUUAUAGUAAAAAUAUAUGAAUAACAAAUGUGAAAUUAAUUAGAUAUUAUAUUAUUAUCAAGAAAGGUUUGUCUUAAUAUUACAAACCAUAUAGGUACUUACUAAAAAGUAAAGUAAAGUACCUGUCAAUAAUUUAACAAUAAUAUGUCAUCAGUCAUGUAUAAAUAUAUAUAAUAUACACAAUGUAUUCAAAAAUUGCCUGGACUGAUUUUUAAAAAUAAAUACAACAAACGAGUAAAAGCAAACAAUUUUAUUUAAUUUUCAAUAUAGUCCCCUGCAAUUUCUAAACAUAUAUUUGUUUGACGCUCGUAAAGUUGCUGGAAGGCUCUGGGGAAAUGGUUUUCGGGAAUGCCUCGCAUAGUCUUGUCACAUUUUGUUGGAUAAACUUCACAUCGUCAUAUCUCUUUCAUUUCAUAGCAGUUUUCAGCUUAGGAAAUAGAAAAUAUUCGGCUGGGGCCAGAGCUGAUAAGUACGAUGGGUGAUUAUUAACAGUGAUAGAUUUUUUAGCCAAUAAUUGUGUUACCAAUAUCGAAAAAUGUACUGGACCAUGGUCAUUCAACAGUCAUUUAUUUGGUACAAAUUCGGAUGUACGUGCUGUACGUAUGCGUUUCAAAAGACGGUCGAGGACACUUUGGUAAAAUACUACAUUAACUGUUUUUAAGGAGGAACAAAUUCGCUUUGAAUGAUGCCGCUGGAGUCGAAAAAAGAAAUAAACAUUGUCUUCACUUUUGAUUUUGUUGCGCAAGCUUUAACUGAUCACCUUUCGUCCGGGCCUUGCCAUUCCGUGGUUUGACGUUUUAUGAAAGGGUCGUAUUGGAAACAUGAUUUAGUAUUCAAUUAUUUGGAAUGUUUGGAUAGCAGUUUUAUUUAGUUUAAAACAAAAUUGAAUUGCUAUUCUUUGUCCCAUUGCAAAAAUUGUGACACAAUAUUAUAAACUUGUGCAUUUUAAACCAGUGCAGGUGAUUAUUACCACCUAUUAUCGCUAUUAGACUUUUACAGUGUUCAUCGGUGCGUAUUUUACAAUGUAGUGUCAUCAGUGAAUUAUAGAUUAUCUAUAUAUAGAUAUCGAAAAACUACCAGUCCCUGAACUUUUUGAAUACAUACUGUAUAUAUAUAUAUACAGGUUGAUCAAUACAACGUAAGAAAUUCAUUAUCUUGGAAUGAAUUAUUACUCUUUUCGGAAUUUAAUUUUUAGAACAUUUUAAGGAAUAAUUAGCUCUGAAAUGUUACAAUACUCUUAUUUUUGUCAUUCUUAUUUUAGGGGAUGAAACCAUUACCUUCUUUUGGUAUUAUAAUGACAACCUAUUUACAAAUUCCAUAAAUAGGUGGUGUAUUAGUUUAAAUCAAUUUUGGUGAUGACAUUUUUGGUUUUUGUCAACCCGUUGACGAGAUAUUUCACUUUUAAGUUUCGGCGGAAGGAGAGUAGAAGUGCAUCAUUUGUGUGAAAGCACGGCAUGCGGUAUUUUGAUAGUGUUCCACCACUCUCUCCCUCAUCCCCCUGUUAGUGAUUUAAUAAUAAGGUUAUACGGUUGUAGGUAUUUUAAAAAUUGUAAUAGUUUUAGAAACAAUUAAUAUGAUAAAUGGUUUUUAAAACAAUAUUUAUAUACAACAAUUAUUGAAAAUCGUUCUAUUACAGAUAUUAGACACACGGAAACCACUAUUGGACGUUCAAUAAACAUGGCUUUAUCGGAAAGGGGUAUUAAUGCUUUGCAAUUUAUAAAUCUGGACAAUAUUGUAAUCGACGAACUCGCCGAACCGAUGUAUGGUAGAAUGAUUCAUUCGAUCGAUGGCCGUAAAUACAACAUUUUGUAUGAUAUUUUAGAAAACAAGGUGCAAAUUUGUUUAAUUAUCAUAUACUGUUAUUAUUACAGCCUUACCGGUACAGUAAAAAACUCGUUACUCAAUAACUACCUAAUCACUCUAGUAAAUUAGGUGUUUUUAUCUGAUAAGACAAUUGAAAAAGUUAUUUUAAAUUAUAUUAUUCGAUGAUUUGAGAUUCGGAGAGUAGCAAGGGAUCUAUUGGCCGUACUAUGAUGUGUGAUUUUUUUUUGUGUUGGUCUGUGAGUAACUUUUAUAUCAAAAAAUUUGAUUCAAAGUAUCAAGGUAGCACGUUUUCUGAAAGGUAAUUUUAUCUAGUUGGUGCAAUAUUUGGUCAUUUUUUGAUUUUUUAAGGAUUUUCAAAAUAAUCGAUACAUAUUAAAUUAUUAUAUCAUAUCUUCUGUUUUAGUAUCAACUCGUAUUUAGGUACAGUACUUUUAUAAAAUACAGUAUAAUCAAAUAAUUGUCAACGUAAUAUAAAUAAUAUAUAGUUGUAAAUUUAUGUCCAUCAUACUUAAACAUUUUUAGAAAUUUAAAAAAGAAAAUAUAAGUAUAAUAUUAUUUCCGUAAAAGAAAAUAAUAAUUAUUUUUAUAACUAUCAUUGAAAUGUUUAAAUGGCUAGUGUUAAAUUCAAAUACUGCAAAUUUGCUUGUGAAAACAGACAGAGAAAAUCAUUUUUUGAUACUUAAAGAUUUACAUAAAGAUACUCUAUCAGUAUCGUUUUAGCUCAAUAACAUACCUGUUGAGGGGAAAACAAAGAAUAAUUUGAAAAUUUGGGGUUUUCACAGAAAGUAAUCAUGCACUAAAUUCUCCCUAUAUAAUUAAUCAAACAAUUAGAAUUAAGGUAUACAUAAUUAAAAACAAGUAGUUAUGAUAGACUAAAUGUAUUUGUAUAAUUAUAAUUAUUAAUUAUUAUUAUUAGUAGAUAUAAUCUAUUUUUUUUUUUUUCAGUGCUUAUACUCAGUAAAUAGAAAUGAUCUUAAUGCAGUUUUAUUAACAAGUAAUUUAGUAUAUAUUUUUGUAAAUUCAUAGUUUAAUAUGAUAAGUAUAACACUGCAAAACUUAUGUUCUAGAACUCGAAAAAUAUCAAAACGUUAAACUGAAUUUUUCUCACAAACUUGUUGAUAUUGAUUUUAAAACUACACAAUUAACAUUUGAAACGUUAGUAUAUUUUACUGUAGAAUCUAAGGGAAUUCAUUUUAAUAAAUCCAUUAUAUUCUAUUUAUUUAGAUUAGAAAAUCCACAAAAAAUCGUAAAACCAGAUAUUGUUAUCGGGUGCGACGGAGCUUAUUCCACUGUUCGUAAAAAUAUGAUUCGUCUGCCUAUGUUUAAUUAUUCGCAAAUGUAUAUAGACCAUGGUUAUUUAGAAAUAAACUUACCAUCAAAUUUGAAUAAAGUGAGGAAAAAAUUACAUACGUAUUUUCUAAACAAUUCAAUAUGAUAUUAUUCAAGACUUGAAUAAUACUUAGUAACACCAUUUAACUUUUAGGAUAUUUUAUCCGCUCAUUAUCUUCAUAUUUGGCCAAGGGGUACAUUUAUGCUGAUAGCAUUGCCGAAUAAGGAUAAAUCUUGGACUUGCACUUUAUUCAUGCCAAUGGACAAAUUCCCAUUAUUAUUGGAGUCUGAAACAGAAAAUAUUUUAAGUUUUUUUUACAAACAUUUUAAGGACUUUACGAACUUAAUUCAUCCAAAAUAUUUAAUAGACCAAGUGAAAAAUGGAAAAGCUCGAACUCUGAUUUCUAUUAAAGUGAAUUUUUUAUAUAGAAUUUUAAAUACAUUUAUAUUUAUAUAUUUAAUUAUCAUGUCUAUGUAUAUAUAUAUAUAUAUAUAUAUAUAUAUUGUUUUAUUAUUAAUAGUGUAACCCAUAUCAUGUUAAUGAUAAUUUUCUUUUGAUCGGAGACGCCGCUCACGCUAUUGUACCUUUUUAUGGCCAAGGAAUGAAUGCUGUAAGUAAAAGAAAAUUAAAAAAAUAUACUUUGGUGAUAUUAUACUUAUACAAGUAUACUCUGAGGUGAAAUGUUUAUGUUUUGUUUUUAUUUUUAACUUAAAAUUAUAACAAAACACUUUUAUUAACCAAAAGAACAGGAUCUCCAAACAUAAAUAUGUCACUGGAUUGAUGUAUAUGUUAUUUGUGUUUAUAUUUUAAAGGGUUUUGAAGAUUGUACGUUAUUGAACUUACUUCUCAAUGAAUAUGAACACGAUCUAAAUACAGUAAUCAAAAUGUUUACGUCAAGGAGAAUUCACGAUACAGAAGCUAUUAGUGAUUUAGCUUUUUACAACUACACUGAAGUAAUAAUAUUUAAAUAGUUUAAUUUUUUUUAACGUGUCGUUUUUAGUUUACAUAAAAUACAAUACAUUAUAAAAAGGAGGAAAUGUGGAUAUUAAAAAAAAAAAACUGAUUUCAAAAAUUUAACUCAGUGGCAUUCUAACCUCCUCCCCCCCGGCCUCAUGUUAAAGUAUAGGUACCGUAGACAAACAUAUCAUUUCCUCCCAUUAAUAAAAUAUAUAAAAAAAACUUUAUAAGUAAUAAAAAUAAAUAUUUUAAUUUUAUUUUAAUUAACAGAACGUUGCACACACAUCUACUGCCUCAAUAGAAUUACCGGACAACAUGCGAAAAUAAUGCUUAAGCAGACUGAGGAAAACUAGCUUAAUUUUGAUUUCAAAGUAAAAGUACCUAUUAUAAAAUUUAUAGAGAACAAUAUUUUUGAGGGAAUCUUAUAGAUCUUUUUUGAAUUACGAUUUAUUAAAAAAAAAACUAAAAUUAUAUCCGGUUUUAUAUUUAGAGUUAUAUAACAUUUAGAAUAAUGCAACAACCCAAUGAGAUUCUUUACAAAAUAUUCUACUAUAUAAAUUAUAUAUCGAUGUACACUCAUAAUAGGUACUUUUUUUAUUCUAAAAUCAAAAUUAAGCUAGUUUUACUAAGUCUGCGUAAGUAUUGUUUUUGCAUGUUGCUCGGUAGUUAGGCUGAGACUGUAGAUGCCGGCGUGAAAUCAUCUUAAUAUUAUUUAUUAAUCCCUCACGAAUACAAAUAUUUAAUACUUAUUCAAAUUUCAAAUAAAUAAUAUUUCUUUAUUUUAUAAAAUAAUUUAUAUGAUUUCAAAAAAAAUAGUCGAAAUUGAUUAUAAUUCUGUGACAUCACUAUUCACUACACAAAUUUCAAGUAAUUUGAUACGUAAUAAUCUAUGGCAACACUAUAUAUCUAUACAGAUGUAAAUUAAAUUUUGUUUUACUUUUAAAUUACGUCUAUGCCAUAGGAUGUGCUUAAAUUAGGAGUUUAAAUGAACAUCAAUGCAAUCCUGGUUUACAUUUUUAUAAAGAAAGUAAGUUAAUCAUUACUGUUAAACUACAGUUGUUUAAAUGAUAGGCAUAUUAAAUGGUAUUUAUAUGGUAGAAUAAUAUAGCAGCUGGUAGGUAUGUACAUUAUAUAAUCUAUGUAUUAUAUAAGACGUAUUUUAAAUAAAAAAUUAAGUAUUUUGGUUCAAUACAUGUCCAAUACAAUUUCGAGCACUGGUAGAAAAGUUAAAAUAUAAUACAUAAAUAGGGGAGGUGGGUCCUUCCCCUACAUGCACAUAAUGGAGCGAAAAACUGGUCUCAUGGAACAUAAAUAGUGUAACUAUGGAUCAUCACCUAUGACUAAUGAUAUCACCUAUAUUUUUCUCCUCUUUCCCCAUAUGAAAAAUAGUUCCUGUGCUUCUCGAUUUGACCCGGAAUCCAGCCCUGAACUCUGAUAGUACAAAAUGAGUGUAAAUAUUUUGAAUUAUAAUAGGAACUUAUAUAAUAAACGUUUAAUGAUGUAAUUAUCAGUUAUUCCGAUUAUAUUUUUAGAAUUUCAAGGCAAUAGGUUUUAAACUGUCAUAUUGCAAUAAAAUCCAAAAAUACACCAAGUGACCUUAUAACUAUAUCUAUAUUAAAUCAUUUUAAAUAGUUUAUUUUAUACCUACAUCAUCAGGGACGUAUACGCAGAAAAAAGUUUUGGGGAGUGUUUUUUUUAUUAAAAAUUAGAAUUUUUUUUUAAUAAACAUAUGAAACAUUAGGUUAGGUUAGGUUAAAUUAAAUACUUCGGGAGGUGUUUAAAAACCUAUAACACCCCCUGUGUAUGUGCCUGUACAUAAUUUUAUAAUAGUUUUAAAAAUUAAACAAAUCGAUAAAUUACUAAUACACGUAAUGUUCGUUCCAAUCCCUGUUUUUUUAAGAAUUCAAAUAAUAUACAUUUUAUGCAGGUAUCUAUUUAAUUUUUUUUAAAUUAUAAAAUAAUAUUUUCUACAAAUUACGUAUUGUUUAGGUCUCCAUGCAAAUAUGUGUAUCAAAUUACAUCUCAAUUUUUAUUAGUUUUUGGUUUUUCAAAAGCAUUUAUCUAAAUAUUUUGAAUUAUUUUUCAAAAUUUCUAAUUUAACAAAACUAUCAUAAUGAUUAUUAUUAUUUAUAAUUAUAUUACUUAUAAUCUUAAUACUAAUUAAUUUAUAAAACAAUUUAUCUUAACUACCUACAGUGUAUUUAAAGUAUAUUUUCAAAACGGAUACAUACAUAUUAGGUAUUACUGAUCAAAUAUACUAGUAUGGAUUAUAUUUAUUUAUUUAUUAUUAAUAGAUGCGAGAUUUAGUUGCUCGUAAAAGUUUUUUGUGGCGAAAAAAAAUUGACAACAUACUACAAAAAUGGUUUCCUCAAACAUGGAUACCACUUCAUAGUUCGGUUUCUUUCACUACAAUUGGGUAUAAACAAUGUCAACUCAAUAAUCAGUGCCAAAAUAAAGUAAGCAUUUAAUAUGUAGUUUAUUUAUUAUUCUUGAAAAAGUUCUUUAAGGAGUUAUUGCAGUCUUAAACUGGAUAGUCGAUAGGUAUCUAUUAUGUAUACUAUAUUGUAUUAUUGGGUAUUUGUAUUAUAUUGAAUAAACGAAAAUGGAAAAAUGUUUGUCAUGCAUAAAAAGAAUCUAAGAAUUUUAUACAAUUUUUAUAGUUAAUUAAAACUAUAUUUACUUAAGUGGUUGGAUAAAUUCAUAGUAAGGGAUUGGAUUCGAUAGUCCCCAAAGUUUAGACUUUUUCCCUUAUAGUAUAAUAGUUAUCCAAAUAUUUUUGUGUACCUACUCGUAUUUUAUGUACUAUAAUUUGACUGCAUUUUCUGGAUUGUAAAUUGUAAAAAUCCAUAGAAAUACUUACAUUUUAGACUUGGAAGUAGCGAGGGAUUUAUAGGUUUUACUUUGAUAAGUGUUUUUUUUUCGUAUUUUUUCUUUUUUGGCCUUUGAACAACUUUUCUACCAGUAAUUUUACUCUAAUGUAUCAAAUGUAGAACUUUUUUUUAAAAUGAUAUUGAACGUAGUUGGUGCAAUGAGGAGUCAUGUUUUGAUUUUCCAAGGGAUUUUUAAAAUAAUUAGAAAAAACCGGAAACAAAAUUAUAAGUAAAAUGGCAAUAAUAUUUACAAUACGCUUCGGCAUUACUGAUUUCAUGGUUUUUAUUUUUUUUGAAAUUAUGUUUUUACUAGAAUUAUUGCUCUAAUAGAAAAACUAUAAGACCAUUUUGAUUAAAUUUUUUAUGAAGCUUGUAAUUAAAAAAGUAUUUUUUCUAUUUUCCUUGUAGUUUUAUUUAAUUAUUAUUACUUUCAUUUAAUUAUGUUAUUAUUUAAAAAUUUUUUUUUUCUGUAAUUCAGUUAAAAAUAUUCAUAAAGAAAAAAAAAGGCCAUAAUAUUUAUUUACUAAUACCUACAUUUCGAACAUUUUCUGUUUUUUUGGACAUUUUAUGGCAGUUUUUCACAGUUAUAAUGAAAACCGAUUGAAAAAUCACAAAAAACCUCCCUAAACCAAGGAGAUAAAAUUUUCUUUCAGAAAAUAAGCUACACUUGAUACCUUGAUACAUGGGAGCAAGAAUUGUAGUAAAAAAGUGUGCACAACAAAUCGAGUGGUAUUUUUUUAUUAUAAUCGUCCGAGUGAGCGAUAAAGUCUCUAAGUCUCUAAGUACACUUUAAAUGCAUUUGUUUUUUCUCUAUUUAGAUAAAAGGGGGGGGGGAAAGUACAAACAAUUUCUUUUCAAACCUCUUGUAUGACAUCAUGAUCAUUCGACGAAAAAAAGAACCAGACUGAUCAGGACCGAACAUGUUUUAUUUUGUCUUGUGUGUUGAAGUUGACUGAUUAGUGUGCACGUGUCAAUUACUAAAUGCGUGUUCUAAUUAUGACCAAACAACUACGAGCUGAUCCGGGUAGCUCAGAGAAGUUUUGCUUUUUUGGUGUGCGCCCGGCCUUAGACAUCAUUUAUGUCCUACUUCGUUAUCUCAAAUUAACGAUGCAUUUUGUAAUACGUAUAUUUUAAAUAAUUCGGUAUUAAAAAAAAAAAUAAUAAUAAACAUCUUAGUAAAACCAAAACAUUCUCAGCUACACUCAGAACCUAAGAUAUGUCUAAUAAUAAUAAUUAUAUAAUAACUACUGUAUAAUCAGUGUAUAUAACUAUAAUAAUAUAAUAUAUAAUACAUAUAAAUAAUAUCUAUUGUAUGAACAAACGUAAACCUACUAAACUUUUACUUGGCGAAUGGUAAAAAUAGGGAGGCUUAAUUUUCCCAAAAACCAAAUACACUAAUCACAUAUUAUCACUAAGAUAUCACAUUUCAUGUAACAUUUAUUAUCCUCAUCUUCUAAGCUUUAUACCUUUUAACGUUUCUUCCUAUACUAACCGUUCUGCCCCACUUAUCUAUAUUCCGUCUUACAACACAAAUUAUCAUACUAAUUCCUCCUUUUAAAAGCAUUAUCGCUUUGCAACAAGUGCCCCAUUAACGAUUUCUUUUUUUCACCUCCAACUAAGAUUUUUCACUCAUAUUUCACUUUAAAUCAGCAUGAUUUUUAAGUUGUUUAUUUUUAAACUGUAUGGUACUAUUAGUCCAUUGUUGUUUUGUUUUGUUUAAUCUUCUUUAAAUAAAAUUGUUUUGCUAUAUGUUAGUCCCAGUGUAAUUUAAACCACUAUGUGCCACUGGGUCCAGGCCCGUUUUAUUAAUUUAUUAAAUUAUUUGAAUAAACGUUGUUAUUAUUAUUAUUACUAUUAUACACAUUAUCACUGUACAUACAUAAUAUCAAUCGCUAUUAUGGGUAGUUCAAACUACUCUCCUCAACUUAUUCGUCUUAUUUGCAUUGAUAAAUAAAUAUUAAUAGCUUAUAACUAAUUUGCUGUAGGAAUACGCUAUUUUGUGCACUUAAAAUAAUACCAGAUAGUCGUCAGUACAAAUUUAAAAAAAUAUACAUAAUACAAUUUUUUGUAAAACGCAAAAAUGACUUAUUAUAAAGAUUGUUAAAUAUUAAACACUAAUUAAUGAGCAUCACGUCACCAUAUUAUGUCCAUACAAUAUCACGUAGUUUUAAUUUUAACACAUUAUAUAUUUGAUUUUAAUAAAAAUUCAAAUACAUAUUUAAUAAGAAUAUUGACUAAUUAGUAAUUCUGAAACUUAAUAAAUAGUAAAAUUACCUACUAUAAAAAAAUCAACCAAUAUUACAAUUUACCCAACUCAAAUACGCAAUCGUGAUGCUCAAUAAAAUAUAUGUGUACCAAAAAAUAUUACCACCCGGUUGUUUAACGUGUUGGUUAAAUAUACCUAUUUAGAUAGGUUAUAAAUAUUAUAUUAUAUUUUAAAGUUCAAUCUUUAAUGAAAAAAAAACUAUCAAUAAUUGACAUCUUUUAAUUAUUAUUAUUGUUAUUUUACAGAUUCUAUUUCUAGUAUUAAUACUUUUUGCAACCAUGUUUGGCAUCGCAAUGUACUUUAUUGUGAUGUCUACGUCAACAACAAUAAGUGCGUAAGUCAUAUAACUAAUAAUGUAGUCUAGGCUAUUUUGGCUAAUUUUCAAUGUAAAUUUGUCAAAUAAUUAUAAUUUUUGGUACAAGCUUUAUUAUAGUAUUAAUAUAUACCUAGUAUACAGUCAAAUAUUGAUUAUAGAUAAAUAUAGUGCAUAGGUAUAUAUUAAAGUACGGAUAUUAAUCAAACCUG